AUGCAUGCAGUAAUACAACGCAGUGAAACCACCCCGGGGCCAACCGUCUUCGGUUUCGUCGCUUCCAACGUCCGUUUCAACACGCGCUCGCGCGCUCGCGUCUGCUGGCGCCCAGAGAACAUGUUGCACCACAUGCUCCCGGCGGAGCCCAACUGCUUGCACUCGACAAGGCAGUCCAUCCACUCGCGGCAGCUGAAGUCGAACUUCCACUCGAUGCGGCUCGCGCCGGAUUGUGAGCUCGGCGAGCGAGCGCUGCAAUUGCGACCGCAGUGGCUCAGCUCAGCCAGGGCUCGCUCGCCCGAGCUCGGAGCCGCCGGCGGUCAUGGGCAGCAACAAAGGUUUGACGCGUCGCUCGGUGCAGGAGGGCAAUGCAGUGGAGGUGCAGUGGCCGUCCGGCGCGCGCGCGAUGGGCUGCAGCUUCAUUGGCAGCUACCAGAGCGCGUCUGGAGCGCUGCCAUUGUGUGA